AUGGAGAUUCCGCCAGCGGUGCCGGGGGCUUGCUACCGCUGCUGUAAAAGCGGUGGUAAUGACGAAUCGACGCCGAAAAUGCAAGCGAGGGACUCCAAACAGCCAGCAGACUCCUACGUAAUAAUGGUUGACGCAACCACCGUCUCAUUAUUCAUAAAAUGUUUCAGCUCCCUCACGAGAAGAAAGCACUUAAACGCAAGACUACGGCAUGAACAUCUUCUACUGCUAAUAGACACCAAACUGCUAAAUCUAUAUCUGAAUAGAGAGCGUAUACACUAA